AAAUUAAUCUUUCAUUACUAAUUUUGUAUUAUAUUAUUUGCAGUAGGAGAAAUUUUGGUUACAUGUAUUCAACGCUCAUUUUCACAGUCUUCUUCUUCUUCUUCUUCUUCAUCAUCAUCAUCAUCUUCUGCAUAGUCGAAGUUGACGCGGACAAACCACAACACACGAGACAGAGACAGGAUUCGGCUCUAAACUUAGGCACUCUCUUUGAUUGGCUCUCUAAUUUUGCGUGUUUCAUUUGAAGUGUUCCGAUUCCGAGGGCCGUCCGAUGCGCAGCUGAGGCCGAAACCCAACGACCCAGAUCUAAUACCAGUUGGAUUUCUUCGGUCCCAUCUCUCGAAACUGCAAGUAGCCCUUAAAAGCCUUGAUUCUCUUCGUAUUUGCUCAGGAAUCUCCCCCUCUUUUUCUCUGGAUUUUCUUCUGGGUUUGGGAUCGAAAUGGUGCUCAAAGGAACGAUCAUGGAUCUCUUGAAGAAGGAGAUCCCUUUGGACGAGGAAUCUUUGUUUCUGGGUAGGGACUCUAACGUCGGUCUCGUCAUCGUCGACGUUAUUAAUGGCUUUUGUACCGUCGGCGCCGGCAAUCUGUGAGUCCGGUUCCGCUUCUCAGGGUUCGGCUUCUUCGAAUCCUGCUCCUUUGGUUUCCCGGGAUCCUUAUUCCGAUCCGUUAUUUCUUCACGCUGCGGAUUCUUCCAGCGUUUUCCUUGUCUCAGAGAAACUUCAUGGUGAGGCCAACUACGGUGUUUGGUCGCGCGCUGUUCGCAAGGCGCUCCUAGCCAAGAAUAAACUAGGGUUUAUUCUCGGCACCAUCCCGCAACCUGUUGAUGAUGAAGAGGACUCAGGAUCGUGGCUCCGCUGUAACGCCAUGGUCUGCACUUGGUUAAGUAACUCUGUUGACCCUGAUAUUCUCACUUUGAUUUCAUAUAUGGAAGAUGCGCAUGAGAUCUGGAUGCAUUUGCAGAACUGCUUUCUUCAGACUAAUGUUUCUAAGCUCUAUAGCAUUCAACAUCAAAUUGAUAGCCUCUAUCAGGGUUCCCUCAAUCUGAAUUCCUAUUUCACGAAACUGAAUGCCUUAUGGAAGGAGUUGAAGCAUUUUGAACCAUUACCAGUCUGUUCAUGUAAGGGCUGUACUUGUGGGGGGUGUAAAUGCCGAAUUUCUGAUCAGUGGUCAGCUCUGUUUGAAAGAAGGAGCGUUGUACGGUUUUUGAUGAGGUUGAACGACUCUUUUUCAGCUGCUCGUCGUCAGAUUUUAAUGUCUGAUCCUUUACCUGACCUUACCCGAGCCUAUAACCUCGUGGCUCAGGAAGAACAACAGAAGCUCAAUGUUUCGUGUCUUCCUGAUGCUGUUGCUUUCAGCACCACCACAAAUUCCUCCCGCUCUCCAUACUCAUUUCCUUCCUCAAACCCACCUCCUAAAUCACCUAGCCCAUAUCCAUCGACCUCCUCAAACAGACCUCGUCCUAUUUGCACUCAUUGUGGCAUGACUGGCCAUGUUGUUUCCCGCUGUUUUCGCCUCCAUGGCUACCCUCCUGGUCAUAAGUCUCAUCCAAACUGGAACUCUAGAUCAGGCCCUCCUAGACCCAAAUCACAGUCCCUUGAAAAGGCUCAGAAUCAGGUCAAUCUGGUUGAUGUUGGUUCUGCUUCUAAUGCUGCCCUUGCUGUGGCACAGUCGGUUGAUGGUAAUACAGGUCAAAAUACUUUGGCACAGGUACACUCACUCCUCUCUCAGUUGCUUUCUCAGCACAAAGGUCAGGGCUCUGUCUCCUUGGACUCAAAUUUUGCAGUACCUUCCCCACCAUCUCCAGGUAUUUCCCUUGUUACUUACCCCCUUUUAACCACUUCACCUUCAAAUAUUACCUUUCCCACAGCUGUUUGGAUAUUAGACACCGGCGCUAGUACACAUGUUUGCUGUAACCUGGGCUUAUUUUCUGAGGUGCAUGACAUUCCUGUUGUUUCUGUUUCUCUUCCAAAUGGGUCUUCUUUAAAAGUUACUCAAGCUGGAACUGUUCUUUUAUCUUCUUCAAUCACUUUGUCAUCUGUUUUGUUUAUUCCUACAUUUCACUACAAUCUUCUGAGUGUUAGUUGCUUAACCCAACAAACCUCUUGUUCUGUGCAUUUUUUUCGUGACUCUUUUAUCAUUCAGGACCUUACUCGGGGCUUGAUGAUUGGCAAGGGUAAACAACUUCAUAAUCUCUACAUCCUUGAGAUGCUGCACACAUCUUCUACGACAAUUUCUUUGCCUUCCAAAUUCUGCACUACUCUCUCAGCAACCACCUUUGAUCUUUGGCACCACCGUCUUGGACACCCCUCUGACAUCCGUGUUCAUUCUAUUGACAAGUCGUCUGAGCUCAAGUUCUCUACAUCCGAGACUAGUUCCAUCUCAUGUCCUGUCUGUCCCUUAGCUAAACAAAGGCGUUUGUCAUUUCCAGUUUCUUCUCAUGUCUCUAAGUUUCCUUUUGAAUUACUUCAUGUAGAUGUUUGGGGCCCUUGUUCUGAAAUUUCUACAGAUGGUCAUCGCUUCUUUCUUUCCAUAGUAGAUGACUACAGUCGUUGUACUUGGGUCUAUCUUCUGAAAUCAAAGAGUGAUGUUCUUCAGAAAUUUCCAGAGUUUGUUUCUUUUGUCGAAAAUCAAUUCAAUGCUUCAAUUAAGUGUGUCAGAUCUGAUAAUGCUCCUGAACUUGGUUUCAAGUCAUUGUUUGCCAAGAAAGGGAUCCUUCAUCAGUUUUCCUGUCCCUAUACACCUCAACAAAAUUCCAUUGUUGAAAGAAAGCAUCAACACAUUCUUAAUGUGGCUAGAGCUCUUCUUUUUCAGUCCAAUGUUCCUUUAGCCUUUUGGGGAGAUUGUAUUCUAACAUCUGUAUACCUCAUUAAUAGAACUCCUUCUCCCCUUCUACAAAACAAAACUCCUUUUGAGCUGCUCACUGGCUGCUCUCCUUCAUACUCACAUUUACGUGUCUUCGGGUGUCUAUGCUAUGUCUCAACUUUAACCAAGGACAGACACAAGUUCAACCCUCGAGCUAUGUCUGCUGUUUUCCUUGGUUAUCCACAUGGUGUCAAAGGAUAUAAGGUGUUGGAUCUUCAUUCUAAUGCUGUGCUUAUUUCUCGGAAUGUAGUCUUCCACGAGACAACAUUUCCUUUCAAGUCCUUUCCUCAAUCUCAGCCAGCAUUAGAUCCUUUUCCACAAUCUGUUUCCCCUUUCUUUUAUGAGUCUAUUUCUCCUCAAAACUUGUCAUCUUCAUCAGCUCUUUCCCCUGUUUCACAGGAAUUUCCCACAGAUCCUAUAUCCAGCUUAGGAUCCUCUGAAACAGAUUCUUCUGGGUUUGUCACUAGCUCCUCAGCCCAUGUUACUCGCCCACAGCGCCAAAGCAAAACCCCUGCAUAUCUUUCAGAUUAUCAUUGUUACCUUAUAUCUCACAACAGUACUCCACAUCCUAAUCCUGUCACCCCUUACCCUCUUUCAGCUUGUUUAACCUAUGAUCUUUUAUCACCUUCAUAUCGAACCUUUGCCCUCAAUAUUACCACUGCACCCGAACCUCAGUCCUAUACCCAAGCUGCAAAAUUUGAAUCCUGGAGACAGGCCAUGAAACUUGAGCUAGAAGCACUGAUUAGGACGAACACUUGGUCCAUUUGUACUCUACCUGAUGGCAAGAAUGCAGUUGGUUGCAAAUGGGUCUUCAAGACCAAAUACAAUGCUGAUGGUUCUAUUGAGAGACAUAAGGCUAGAUUAGUGGCUAAGGGUUACACUCAAUUAGAGGGUGUGGACUUUUCUGAAACUUUCAGUCCUGUGGCCAAAAUGACCACUGUCCGAGUAUUGUUAGCCUUAGCUGCCAAGUAUAACUGGCUGAUCAACCAAAUGGACGUGAGUAAUGCAUUUUUAAAUGGUGACCUUGACGAGGAAAUAUAUAUGAAACUUCCUCCAGGCUACUCGGACCUUCAGGGGGAGAAGGUCUCUUCCUCUUCUGUUUGUAAGCUUCAACGUUCUCUAUAUGGCUUAAAACAAGCCUCGAGACAAUGGAAUCAAAAGUUGUCUCAAGUUCUUCUUGCUGCUGGUUUUCUGCAAGUUCAGUCAGACAAUUCCUUAUUUCUCAAACGCAAUGGUUCUCAACUUGUGGCUGUUCUUGUGUACGUUGAUGACUUGUUGAUCACAGGGAAUGAUGCUGCUAUGAUUUCGGAUCUGAAGGAUACAUUACACUCGAGUUUUGAGAUUAAAGACUUGGGACCCUUGCAUUACUUCCUUGGUCUCGAAGUUGCCCGUUCCAAGCAAGGCCCCGACACAACACAACGAGCAGAUAUCUGUAAUGGUGAAGGAAUCUGCAAGACUUGCCGGAGAGUUCUGCUCUCGGAAAUGGCCCAUCUUCGCGUUUAUGGACAGCCAUCAUCCUGAUAUUCCCGAGCCCCCUUACCCUCCUCACUGCAUCAUAGGAACUGACGAAUCAAGACUGGUUCCUGCUCUGCAGUGGCUUGAGAGUGAGCCUUGUGCCACGCUUAGGCCAAAGGAUUGCAUAAACGGAUUCGUAGGUUCGAUUGAGAAGGAUGGAUCCAAUGUGUUUGUGGACUGGGUGAAGGAAAAACAGAUCAAAAUCAUACUGGUUGUAGGUAUAUGCACAGACAUAUGUGUGUUCGACUUUGUGGCUUCUACACUCUCUGCCCGAAACCACGGUCUUCUUCCUCCUCUUGAAGAGGUGGUAGUGUACUCUUCCGGCUGUGCAACUUUCGAUCUCCC